UAGUGAUAAUCCAACAGAGAAAAAGCAAGCAAGUUUGGCAACAAAGAAAUCCUCAACAAACUUGGGCAGGACUAGAAUUCUCUAUGCACGAGGAAGAAUAUGCUUGGCUAGAAGGAUGUUACGUGGGAAUCACUAGUUGGGGUCCUAAGUUCUUUGAGACUAUAGGAAGUCUAUGGGGAAAGUUCAUUACUUUAGAUGAUAGCACCAGAAAAAAGCUUAGAUUUGAUAUGACAAGAUUACUAAUUUCAACUUUGAUGAUGGAGUUCAUAUCUAGAAGCCUCAGAAUCGAAGUAAACGGUGAACUGUUCAAUGGUGAACUGUUCAAUGUUAAGAUCUCCGAAGAGGAAUCAAUAAAUAAUUUGUUCUCCAUGAAAUCAAAUUAUGUAUUCACAUUUCAAAGGGAGUCCGAUACUAUGUCGAGUGAAUCAUGGUCAAUGGAGACAGACUUAGAAGGAAACUACCAUGCAGACAUGCACAGCUUAGGAGACGAGAAAGUAAGGGAGGUGGUUGAUUCCCAAGAAAAAGCUGCAAUAAAGGUUGAGGAUUUGGACAGUAUUUGGCUUAAUAAAGAAGGUGGCAGAAGGGAGAUGGCUACUUCCCAAGAAAAAGCUGCAAUGGAAGCAGAGGAUCUGGUGGAAAUGGUGCAAGAUAGCUUCCCAAGUCAAGCCUCUGUGCUUAAUCAUGAUUCAACUCCUAAAUUACAAAAGUCCAAUAGUAUUGAAUCUUUGGGCCUAAACGAUGGCAAAGGAAAAGAACCCAACUUUGGGCCCAUUAACAGGCCUAGUAGCAACCCAACAAUACCACAUCAGAUUUUUAUUGCUGAAAGGGAGGAUAACUCUAACAAAGAAUUACAUAUCAGAAUGGAGGUGGAGACUAGCUUAAAAGAGGAAUGCUUCUGGGAAGGGUUUGAGAGUGAAUCAGGCCGAGUUCAGGACUGGAUGUGCCGACGGGAAAGAAAAUUGUCCAAGAAUGAAAGAAAAAAGAAGACAAGAGCUAGAUCUUGUGUAGCCAUCUACAAGGGGAUUGAAGAAAUUAAAACCACAGACCAACAAUCAAAGAACAGGGGUCGAAGAGGUACGAAGAGGCUCUUGAAAGGUUUAAAUUCCUUCUUUCCUCUCAAACCGAGAGAAACCAAUAGCAGAUGAUUCGAUUGGUGAUAGCGGAAUCUUAAAUCACAACAAAAUUCUACAAAAUUGGAAUCCAAGAAGCCAAGCCAAGAAGACUGGGAUUUCACCAAAAAAGUGGGAGUUGUGGCAAGGGAGAACGAGGAUGAGGCGAUCAAGAGAAUCGAACAAAUGGAAGUCAAGGACAACAAGAAUAAGAAAUAUAGGACAAAGACAUUUGUAACCACCCACAAGCUAAGUUCAUCUGCCCUCAAAUGAUUUUGCUCACAUGGAAUAUUCGAGGUGUAGGAAGUGGGGGCAAGGAGGGAAUUAGAGACCUGAUUAGGAGAGAAAAAUUGGAAUUUGUUGCAAUCCAAGAGUCCAAACUUCAAGUAGUAGAAAAAAGCAUGUGUAGAUCUUUAUGGGGCUCAGACAAUUUUGACUGGGCUACAAAGGCCUCCAAUGGUAGAUCCAGUGGCCUCAUUGCGUCUGGGAUAAGGAUGUUUUUAGGAAAAGCAGUACUUUUGUAGGCAACCAUUACAUAAAAGUUUCCAAGGGGCCAAACUCGACUCCAGUAUCUAUAAUAAAUGUUUAUUCCCCAU